GCACCAAGUGUGACUUAUAUGACUGAACCACCAAGCACCCAGAAUGGCCCUGCUCUCUCCUUCCUUGUGUCAAAACUCAUGGCUUGUCUGCACCAGUUGGAGCAGUUUCAAGUGAAGGUGCAUGAUCUUCCUGGCAGUAGUGGGGGGAGCAGCCGAGGAGGAAAUGCCCUCAAAUUCUUUACAACACAUCAGCUUAAGUGCCAGUUACAACGACACCCAGCCUGCACAACACUGAAACAGUGGAAGGGAGGCCCUGUGAAGAUUGACCCCCUGGCUCUGGUACAGGCCAUCGAGAAGUACUUGCUCGUGAGAGGCUUCGGUAAGACAAGGGAAGGAGCUGAUGAAGAUCUCAGUGACGAUGAUAAUUCAGAUGAGGAGAUGGAAGAACAGAUGGCAUCAAUCAUGAUAUCUGCCACCUCCAUGAGACACAGACUGGAGUUUUUGAUAGGUGAUCAUGUGCUGCCCUACAACAUGACUGUGUACCAGGCCGUCAAACAGUACGUGUGUCACGGGGGCACAGAGGUGGGGGAUUUCAGCGAUGGAGACACAGACACUCCCUUUGGGAACACCAGUAUUUGGGUGCAGACUCACACAAUCUGGUAUCGACCUGCAGUAGAACAGGAGGAGAAUACGGCAACCAGCCCUAAGAAAACUAAGGCUGAGUCCAAGGGAUCAAAAUCAUCUAAAAAGAAAGAUCAGCGAUCAGGCAGCCCAGUGAUCCAGCCUGUUCUUCAGAAUUUCCUCACGGACAAGCUUCCCAAUGUCACAGUCCAGGAUUCUUCCCUGGAGACGGUAGCUUUGCUGAGGGUGCUUCAUGCAUUAAACAGACACUGGUCAUCUAUGUAUGAUGUAUCAUUCCUGCCAUCUAUAGUUCUGCCACACAGUGAGUUUGUCAGCAGCAAACUGACAGCCAAAGCCAGCAGACAGCUGCAGGAUCCCCUCAUUAUCAUGACAGGCAACCUGCCCAGUUGGCUUCCGGAGAUUGGACAGGCCGCGCCUUUUCUGUUUCCUUUUGAUACAAGACAGAUGUUGUUCUUUGCAACAACCUUUGAUCGAGAUCGUGCCGUGCUGAGACUGCAGCAAGAUCAGGCUGGAGAAAGCUCUACCCAUGACAGUGAGAGAGUCGGGCCAAGGCUAGACAGGAAAAGAAGGGAAGUCAGCCGCAAAGAUGUCCUCAAACAAGCAGAGAAGGUGAUGGAAGACCUGGGCGGAACAACCAGUGCUAGAGCUAUGCUGGAGAUACAUUAUGAAAAUGAGGUGGGGACAGGGUUGGGUCCAACGCUCGAGUUCUAUGCACUUGUAUCUAAAGAACUCCAGCGCACCGACUUGGAGCUGUGGAGGGGUGACUCCAUCGCCGCCACCAGCCCAGCAGAUCCCAAUAUGAAGGUGGACUACACCCAGUCACCAUGUGGGCUCUUCCCCUUACCUUUGCACCGCACUGCCAAGGCUGCACACGUCAACAAGGUCAAGAUCAAGUUCAAGUUCUUGGGCAAGUUUAUGGCCAAAGCCCUGAUGGAUUCCAGAAUGUUGGACUUGCCGUUGAGUUUGAUCUUCUAUAAAUGGAUCUUGGGACAAGAGAACUCACUGACUUCAAGUGAUCUCUUCCAUGUGGAUAGAGUAUUAGCUCGUUCUUUCCAGCAGCUUGAGAAUAUUGUGCAUCAGAAAAAGCGUAUCUGCAGUGACAGAUCUUUGACAGAGGAAGGCAGGAAACAAGCACUGUCAAACCUGAACAUGGAUGGGUGCUCCCUGGAAGAUUUGGACCUGUACUUUGUAUUGCCCGGUGCUGAAAACAUUGAGCUUUGUAAAGGUGGCAGGGAUACACAGGUCACAGUGGACAACCUAGAGGAGUACUUGCAGCUGGUGUUACAGUGGAGCCUGGUUGAGGGCAUCAGCCGUCAGUUUGAUGCUUUCCGCGAGGGCUUUGAGACUCUGUUCCCUCUCACCACACUGCAGUGUUUCUACCCAGAAGAGUUGGAGCAGCUGUUUUGUGGCAACUCGGCAGAUGUGUGGGAUGUGCGUAUGUUGAUAGACUGCUGCCGCCCUGACCAUGGCUACACCCAUGACUCACAGGCCGUGAAGUUCCUGUUUGAGGUCCUCAGUAACUACACAAAUUCGGAGCAGAGGGACUUCCUGCAGUUUGUCACUGGGUCACCAAGGUUGCCUGUUGGAGGUUUCCGUAGCUUGAACCCACCGCUGACCAUUGUCCGAAAACAGCCAGAGGGUUCGGAUGAGCCAGACAGCUACCUCCCUUCAGUGAUGACCUGUGUGAACUACCUGAAACUUCCAGACUACUCGUCUAUAGAAAUAAUGAGAGAACGCUUGAGAACUGCUACCAGAGAGGGGCAGCUUUCAUUCCACCUGUCUUAG